UUGCAGGAGAGAGUGGGAGGAGCGGAAAGUGCUCCGGUCCAAUCCGGGCCGCCGGGUAAAGCCUCUCCUCUCCUCCUCUCCUCUCAGCCCGCAGACAGACAGCAGUGAAACCCUCCCCGCAGAGGUGAGAGCGCAGAUGUCAUGAGAAAAGCGGCCGCACGACCAGAGCAGUCCGACCGAGCCCUGCCCGCCCGCCUGCGCCCCGCUCUGGGAUGCUUUUAGCGCACACGCGCUCCCGCUCAGGGCCGCCGGUGGACUCGCGCCAUCCCCGCUCCUCUCAUCGUUGUUGUUCAUCUUGUCAUUUUUAAAACCAGGAUCAGCAGCAAGCAGCAGCUCCCCCACCUUUUUAAGUGUUUAUUUUUAUUUCUUCAUGACUGCUGCGUUGGGAAGCGAGCCUCAGCACCAGCUCCAGCAACACGAUGCGAGCCCAAAUCGAAGUUAUACCAUGCAAAAUCUGCGGAGACAAAUCAUCAGGCAUCCACUAUGGAGUCAUUACAUGUGAGGGCUGUAAGGGUUUCUUCAGACGGAGUCAACAAAACAAUGCCUCGUACUCCUGCCCCCGCCAGAGGAACUGCCUCAUCGACAGAACAAACCGAAACCGCUGCCAACACUGCCGCCUGCAGAAAUGUCUCGCCCUAGGAAUGUCCAGAGAUGCGGUGAAGUUUGGCCGAAUGUCCAAAAAGCAGCGCGACAGCCUAUAUGCAGAGGUCCAGAAGCACCAGGCACGACUUCAGGAGCAGCGACAGCAGCAGACUGGUGAAGCUGAAGCUCUGGCACGCGUUUACUCAUCCAGCCUAACCAACGGACUGUCCACCCUCAACCAUGAAAUUGGGGGCACUUAUGCCAAUGGCCAUGUCAUAGACCUACCCAAAGGGGGCCAUGGCAAUGGAGGAGGAGUGCCAGGGGGAUACUAUGGGAUCGAUUCCACCCAGCCGUCUCCAGACCAGUCGGGUUUGGACAUGUCCGGCAUGAAGCACAUUAAGCAGGAGCCGGUUUAUGACCUGACGCCAGUACCCAACCUGUUCAGCUAUGGAGGCUACCAGGACAGUCAAUUUGGACCCAGCAAUGUCAGCAUGGGAGAGCUAGACCGUAUUGCUCAAAAUAUCAUCAAGUCACACCUGGAAACAUGUCAGUAUACAACAGAGGAGCUGCAGCAGCUAGCCUGGCAGACACAUUCAUAUGAAGAGGUCAAGAUGUACCAGAGCAAGCCGCGGGACGUGCUGUGGCAGCAGUGUGCCAUCCAGAUCACUCAUGCCAUCCAGUACGUGGUGGAGUUUGCCAAGCGCAUCUCAGGGUUCAUGGAACUGUGCCAGAAUGACCAAAUCCUCCUCCUCAAGUCAGGUUGUUUGGAGGUGGUCUUGGUGCGGAUGUGCAGGGCGUUUAACCCCCUCAACAACACUGUGCUUUUUGAGGGGAAGUACGGAGGCAUGCAGAUGUUCAAAGCUCUAGGUUGUGAUGACUUAGUGAGUGCAGUGUUUGACUUUGCCAAGAGCAUGUGUUCACUGCAGCUAACAGAGGAAGAGAUUGCACUCUUCUCAGCAGCUGUACUAAUUUCUACAGAUCGGCCCUGGCUCAUGGAGCCUCGAAAAGUCCAGAAGCUCCAGGAGAAGAUCUACUUUGCCCUGCAGCACAUUAUGCAGAAGAACCACAUGGAUGAAGAUGCACUGGCUAAGUUAAUCAGCCGAAUCCCAACCCUGUCUGCCCUGUGCACCCUCCAUACCGAGGAGCUUCAGGCCUUCCAGCAACUCCAUCCAGAAACAGUCAACGUCCUCUUCCCUCCCCUCUACAAAGAACUCUUUAACCCUGACCCAAACUCUGCUAUGGUGAUGCCCAAGUGACCGCCCGUGGUCCAAACGCACCAAACAGCCACCGAAGAGGACCAAUCAAUUUACGUGUGCUCCAUCUGACAAGACAACAGUGACCAUGUCGACUGCGUCAUUGUAGCAACCAGGUAUUUUUGAGAUCCGCCCCCAGGCUCGUUUCAGACCGGUGGGUGAGGAUUCAUCUACUAGAAACUUGCGUUACCGCCAACAACACUAGGAAUGUCCUGCACUUAUCCCAUCCUGUUCACCGCUACAGUCUGAAGAAUGUAUAUAUAAAUGAAGAGCAUGCCCCGGCCACAACCUCAGAGGGGCUUCCAUGUGUUCCUGAACUGAAGUGACUGACCAGAAAUGUACAGAUUUUAAAACAGCUAGAGACUAUUUUGAGCUGUCAAAACUUUUUUUUAAUGUGGGUAAGUUAAUUUGAUUUAACUUAGAAAAAAAAUUGUUUUGUUCUUUUUUUUCACAUGAAGACUUUGUGACAAUGAAGGAGCUGGAUAAGGGAUUGAACUGGAUUUAGAGAAGUUAUUGUAGAUAUUCUUCUAGUGGAGAACAGAUUCCAGUAUUAUUUCUUGUUCUGUUUAAAGUAAGUUAGUCCUCCUAAUUUAAAUAUAAAGCAGCCCACCGUGGCUGUGACUAUACCUUGUCUGUGUUCUAUUUUAUUUGGUAGUUUGUGUACAGAAUUUGUAAAGCUGCGACUUGUAAAAUGAAUAUUGGGCAAAAAACCUGGGCGACAAUUUGGGUAUGUUGAUAUACAGAAGCCUUGUCUGGAUUUUGUUCAUAUGUAUAGAAGGAGUUAUAUCCUUCUGGUCGAACCUUAUAGAAAUGUAAAAAGAGGAUAUGAAGGAUUUAAAAAGAAAAUAAUUGCUACUACUUUUCAAGGAGAAGAUGUAUACAUACAUAGUCUAUUUUGCGAGAAAAAGAAAUCUGGCAGAUUUGCCGUCCUAUCAAUCAUUUGUGUCACGUUGCAAUAAUUCUGUCCAAUAAUAGCUGGAUUGCUUUCGAACAAUCAACCUGUAAGGACUCAUCCAAAACCAGGACCUCAUGAUGAUCUCCACACCUCUUCCCUCCAUCCCUUUACUCGGCUCUUUAUCUCAAAUACAGUAUAUCAGGACCUUUGCAACAUGCUUUUGGCAGACAAAUGGAUAGAAGUCAGUGAACAUAUGUAUAAAUAAUCCACCAAAAAAUGUGAAAUUUUCUAUACGAACUUGAAUUAAAAUAACUUUCUAAUCACUCUAACCGAUAUGAGCAAGGUAUGCUCUCAUCCUGCCGUUUGCACGAUCGAGUCCAUGGAUGUCAGACACUCCAAGCUGUAAAUAUGUCGGACCAGUACUCUAAAGAGAAAUAACUUUCACAAAAACGUUGCUAAUCUUACUGCUUCUUUUCAACCUCUUGCCCAUGUUUCAUAGCUGUUUAAAGUAGGGUAGAAAUCCUAACUAGAAUGCACUAUUUUAUGUUCUUGAUCAUCAAUGAUGUCUAACAAUCAUUGUGACAAAUGGUAUUCUUUCCACUUCAAACUCAGUGUGCCACAGUUUGAGGUCAGGAUGUAAGACAUUACAGCACUAAAAAAAAGUGAAGAAAUGUCGUGUAGCCUCCACUGAUUUAAAUACCAUUUUACAGCCAAACAAACACGCUAAUCAUGCAGAAAGCUGUGCUAGACAAUCACAUUUUGUGUGAAGCCAUUCUGUAUUUGUUAGCACUUAAAAGUGUUUUUAAUUUGGAAUCUGUGUUUAAAAAAAAGAAUAAUCAUAAUGGGCUAAGUGCACCUUUAUCCACUCAGAUUUUUUUGUUGUUUUUGUCUUUUUCAAAAAAAAAUAUUCUGAAAGAAAUUUUUAGAGAGGAUAUACAUUUUGGGUGCUUCUGCAUACAGCCAUGAUAUGGAUGCAUUCAGUGAGUUUGCAAUUUUCUAAACAUUUUAAACUCUUACAUAGCUCUUUUACGCAAUCUUUAAAUGCCAUGAUGUUUAGACUCUGACCUAGUGUUACUAAGCACUAAAAACUCCUCUGAAGGUUUUUUUUAUGUUUGAAUAUGUCUUUGCACAGUGGCCAAAUCUUCACCUCUCUACAGAGGACGGACAUACUCAGACUAAUUUGUUAACAGAGAAAAUAUGAACUCUAACACUGCUUUUUAUCUGUUCAUGUUUUUUUUCCCCCCACAUCGACUAUAUAACAUGUGGUAAUGCUAACCUUCAGUAAUCAUCAGUCUGGUCCUGUUACUGGUUCCUCCAAAGUACUGCAGCUUUCCUUGAAUCCCCUGACCCGAGCACAGAUCAGAGGCCGGUGACUCUUAAAGACAAUCACUCGCUCAAGACUUGAUGCACUACAUAGCAUCUCUCAGGGAGCAGAUUUUUUUUCUCAAUUUUCAUUAAAAAAGAGGGUUUAAUAUUUUUGGAAAUUUACUAAGAAAUUUAAUUAUAAAAGAAUGACUUUUUAGAAUUUAAAGUGCAUAUGCUGCUAACGUAUGCCAUCAAAGUAAUCUGCCCAGACAAGGCUUUGAUAGAAAUGUGUGUUUGUCGGGGUGUGUGUCUGUGUGUGUGUGUGUAGAGCAUGAAUUCACUGUCCAUAUAUCUUUGUAGAGACAUUUUUACACCAUAAAAGACAACAAAAAGAAUGGAGUCUCACUCUUGGUUCAUGUUUACAGCUACAUAUGCAGCUCUCAAAACAACUGAAGCGCUGUUCCAUCAGGCCUGAGACAGUGAAUUCUAACUCUAAAUGUUGGAAGUUUUUGUAUGUGAUUUUUAUUUUUAAUUUUUGCUUCCCUCAUUAGACUGUGAAUCAAAGGUGGGUGAAACUGGGUUGUGGGGGAGGGGGGGGGGAAUAAGUGACAGCCAAUACUGUAAGUAUAACUGUAGCAAUAAGAACUGGAGGCAUUUACUACUGUCAUGUUUGCAUUGUAAGAUUAUUAUUAUUAUUAUUUUCUUUUUCAUUUUAUUAAUAUUAUUAUUCUUGUUCUUAUGACUACUAUUCUUCUCUUACUAUUAGCCUAUUGUUGUUCUGUUCUAUUUGCAUGACGUUUCAUUACAGUGAAACAUUUUGGGGCUUCUUUGCGUUUCCUUCUCUCAUGGUGUUGUAGGUUUCGACAGGGUGGGGUGGGGUGGGGGGAGUGUUCAGCAGGUUAUUGUUUAGGGGAAAUUCCACAUCACCUCAUUCAAAAAAAUAUUUCAAACGUUUACUUUUUUUAAUGCUCUAAUUUAUACAGAACUGAUUUCAAAUUUUCAUUAAAUUUUAAAUGAUAUUUGUCACCUGAUGAAUGUGUGAAGUGAUAUAAAUCAAUGGAUGGACCCCUUUUGAGCUGGCCUUACUGAACUGGGUUGGAAACCCUUUAUCUGCUGUUUUUUUUGUUUGUUUGUUUGUUUGUUUUGCUUUUAUUAAAGGGUGGGGGGACUCGGGGUGAUGCGGGUGGGGUAAUCUAUUCUGAAUGUUAUGGAGUAGCCUGUUCAGCAUGUAGGGGCUGAACGCAUCAUGCGCCUUUUUCCUGCUCCAUCAACACAGAAUGACAUCACAGAACGCACAAUCUUAUUUAUUUGCAAUGACGAGUUGUGCAGACAUUUUACCACAGCUGAUCUGAAACACUCUUCAUACUCACAAGUCACACACUACAAACCUCCUCCUCCCUUUUGUAAGAAAACUUUGUGCGAGUAUGUGUGUGAGUGAGAGAGUAAGAGAGAAACAGCAAACAGCGAGUUGUUUGCUCUACCAAUGCUUUGUAAUCUUUCUUGAUGCAUUACACCUGUGCAAUUGGAGUAGUUUUGGGGAAAAAAAAGUUUAUUUAUUUGUUUUGUUUUGUUAUUUUGGAAUGUUUUUGCCUCCCAGCAAGAGCAAAUGAAACAAAAUGUAGCAAUCUGUAUCCAGAACCUAAAAAAAUGAAAAAAGGUACUUGGGCUACAGAACCUCUUUUACACAGGACUAACAAGAUGAUCAAUUUUAAUAAAGUACAAACAUAAGUCAUUUUGUUUGUUUUCAAAGUGCCAUAGUUAGUGAGGAGUAAAAGGACUGGCAGAGAGAGGCUUAGAUGCUUUACUGUGGGAGUUUACAUUAAAAGAUGAAGAAAUAAAGGGGAACUCCAUGGAAAAGUUUAAGUGAUUACACUGAAAAAACUGUUUUUACAUUUUAUGCUUUUUUUAAUGUUGGGGACUUUGCUGGACUCUGAACUCAUCUUUGAAUCCACUGUAGCAUUUCAAUGUUCAUAAAAGCAGAAAGGAGUGUGUGUACACAUGCAUUUGUGUUAAAUGGGAGUAAAAAAAAAAAAAAAAAAACACCCAGAGCUGAAGAAUCAGACUGGGCUGAAGUUCAGAGGUCUUAGCGAGUCCUCUUUUGAGAUGUACAUAAAAUGUGAAGGUCUGAAGUGAUUUUUUUUUUGUUAAAUUCUAUAUUUUAUCGCUUUUGUAGACAUUUUGUUGUGGGAAGGAAAAAAAUAAAAGAAAUUUUAUGGGUGAA